ACCAAAAGAAAAACGAAAAUUGCUGUGGAAGUUGCAGAAGCCACAUCUUCUGCACUUACAUAAGGAAGGGGGGCAAAGUUUGUUGAUUUUAACAACAAGCUUUACCCUUCCUUCAAAAACAUUUCCAUUUCUCAGAGACACAAAAGAAAAAUGGAAACGACUAAUAUUCAACCCAGUGAAAAAUCUGCCAAGGAGAAGAAGAUCGACGAUUGGCUUCCAAUCACUUCCUCUAGGAAUGCGAAAUGGUGGUAUUCGGCUUUUCACAAUGUCACUGCCAUGGUCGGGGCUGGUGUCCUCAGCUUGCCUUAUGCCAUGUCGCAGCUUGGAUGGGGUCCUGGAAUCGCAGUCCUCGUGAUGUCAUGGAUCAUCACCCUUUACACCCUCUGGCAAAUGGUUGAAAUGCAUGAAAUUGUACCGGGCAAACGGUUCGACCGGUACCAUGAGCUGGGUCAGCAUGCUUUCGGAGAAAAAUUGGGGCUUUACAUAGUUGUACCUCAGCAACUCAUUGUGGAAAUUGGUACGUGCAUUGUAUACAUGGUGACAGGAGGCAAAUCACUGAGGAAGGUCCAUGAAACCCUUUGUCCCGAUUGCAAACCCAUUCGGACCACCUUCUGGAUCAUGAUUUUCGCUUCGAUCCACUUCUUUCUCUGUCUUCUCCCCAACUUCAACUCCAUCUCCGGCGUCUCCCUCGUCGCUGCCGUCAUGUCCUUAACGUAAGUAUUCAGGAAAAAUGUUAU